UUUAAUGACAGAACGGCUUACCAUAUGCAGAAUUCAGAAAUUACGACUAGCAUACAAUUGAGCGUUUCAAUCUUAGUUUUAAAUUAAGGAGGACAUGUUCUAAAGAGAAUUUAUGAUGGCAUUGUGUCCUUCUCCAAGGUCACAAUGCAAACAGAGUAACCCACCCCCCAAGGUUAUGGUCUCUGUAGGAUUGUGCCGAUUCAUCACAGUGACGACACCGGUUAUAAGCCUAUAUAAGAUUUCUGAAAACACAAAAGAAAUAGCAGACUGAACUGGUCACUGAAUGUGAGAAGAGAGCUGUUCAGUAUUAUAGCUUAUCGGCAUUUCAGGUAUUUUAUUUCCGCCUGUCAAUAUGCUAGGUUUAUUCAGCUGUUUCAUUUGACCUUGGCUUUGCAACUGAUAACAGUUUCAACUGAAUUAUUUUCGGCGUUUCAUAUAAUUCUUAUCAUUUUUUUUUUACAUAGAAUUACUUUUUUUUUCGGCAGAAUGGAACGGACGAACCAGACCCAGAUCCAGAUCCAGACCCAGACCCAGACCCAGACCCAGACCACAGUAAAGGAGUUCUUCAUUGUGGGCUUCCCAGGGCUCCGCCCAGAGUACUAUAACCUGAUGGCCGCCAUCUUCUUCCUGAUUUACGUCACCACGGUGGUGGGGAACUCCCUCCUGGUGACGCUGUUCUUCACCGAGCGCCGGCUACAGAAGCCCAUGUACAUCAUCAUGGUGAGCCUGGCCCUGUCCGACAUCGGCCUGUGCACCGUAGCCCUGCCCAAAGCCAUCAGCCGCUACUGGCUGGACGACGCCAUCAUCUCCUUCGAGGUCUGCUUCUUCCAGUCCUUCCUGAUCCACUACUUUGAGACGCUCAGCUCGCUGACCAUGCUGAUCAUGUCGCUGGACCGCUUCCUGGCCAUCUGCUUCCCGCUGCGCUACCCGACGCUCAUGACCAACCGCACCAUGGGGGCGGUCAUCGCCUUCUCCUGGCUGUUCGCCGCGGUGUCGCCGGGCAUAUCCGUGGGCCGCGUCUCCCAGAUGCCCUUCUGCGGGCCCGACCGGGUCCUCCACUGCUACUGCGACAACCUGUCCACCACGCCGCUGGUGUGUGCCGACACCGAGAGGCUCCACCGCCUGUCCGUGUUCCUGGCCAUGUUCGUGCUCCUGGUGCCGCUCAGCUUCAUCGUGCUGUCCUACGUCAGCAUCAUCAUGGCGGUGCUGAAGAUAGCCGACGGCCCGGGCCGCCACAAGACCUUCUCCACCUGCGCCACGCAGCUGUGCCUCAUCGGCAUAUAUUACCUGCCCCGCUUCGUCAUCUACCUGUGCUGCCUGUCCUCCUUCGUGUUGCUUCAACCGAACGUGCGGAUCACUCUCACCCUCUUCUAUAGCCUGUUCCCGCCCCUAGUUAACCCGCUCAUAUACUGCUACAGGACCAAGGAGAUCAAGGAGAUUCUAAACAAAUGGGGUUUUCCGGGAAACCACGUCAGUCCGAAACCUAUGCUCGAGACUGCUUUCAAGUGAAACAGGCAGUUUGAUCCAAAAUAUCAAUUCUGACAACACAAACUGUAGAACCGAAUUAAACCAAUGCUUGUUCCUCAAAUCUGUCUUACAUAUGUGUGUGUGUGUGUGUGUGUGUUGUUAACAAAUACCUUUUUUUGAGUUCAUUUUGAUGAUUGUUGAACUGGCAUAGACUGGCAUAGGCAUAAAUGUUCAUUCUUCAUUCUGAUUUAUUAAAUAAAUAACAUUUAUUAAAAACAUGGUUACAUACAUACAUUAAGCCAUAUUUUAGCAUUUAAAAUACAACUUAAUGCAAGUUUGCAUAAUUUUGAAGAAGAAAAAACAAGGCACUCAUCAAAAGAAAACACUGAACAAAUGUAGUUACAAU